CACACACACAUAGGCACAGACAUACAGGCAUAGGCGCCAGAGCGUGUGACACUCUCUCCCUUUGAUAUGGGAUGUAGUCAAGCUGACAGCUUUGGAUGCAAAAGUUCUGGACCAAGGAUUGGAGAUUGCCUGUCUUGGAUGUAGACAAUCGUACAUGUGGUUGCUAUAAAGCCCAAAGACAUGUAGCCCCGAGACUUGGAAGCAUACAGAGGACACAUCAAAACUUUUGCCAGCCAGGUGUCUGUUGCUCAGUAAGGUCGCUCUGAUGAACCUGGAGAACGUAGCCGGUUACCACGGUGCCGUGAGGCCACUGGACAUGGAGCAGAAAGUCAGCAAGCUCACCUUUGGCUUCCAGCGGAGCUCCACGUCGGAUGACGACUCCGGCUGCGCCCUGGAGGAGUACGCCUGGGUGCCGCCAGGCCUGCGUCCUGAGCAGGUCCAGCUGUAUUUCUCCUGCCUGCCUGAGGACAAGGUUCCCUACGUGAACAGCCCUGGAGAGAAAUACCGCAUCAAGCAGCUCCUGUACCAACUGCCUCCCCACGACAAUGAGGUGCGUUACUGCCAGUCCCUCAGUGAGGAGGAGAAGAAGGAGCUGCACAUGUUCAGCGUGCAGCGCAAGAAGGAGGCGCUCGGGAGGGGGACACUCAAAAUGCUGCCCAGGACAGUAGUACAUGCCAUUUGUGAUCAUUGUGGGGAAAGUAUCAAUGGUGGUGAGAUGACCGUUUUUGCCUCCAGAGCUGGGCCUGCACUCUGCUGGCACCCUGCCUGCUUCGCAUGCUCAACCUGCAAUGAGCUCCUGGUGGACCUGAUAUACUUCUACCAUGAGGGCAAGAUCCAUUGUGGUCGUCAUCAUGCAGAAUUGCUGAAGCCUCGAUGCUCAGCUUGUGACGAGAUCAUCUUUGCUGACGAAUGCACAGAGGCAGAGGGCCGCCACUGGCACAUGAAGCACUUUGCCUGUUUCGAAUGCGAGACCAUUCUGGGUGGGCAGAGGUACAUCAUGAAGGAUGGACGGCCGUACUGCUGUGGCUGCUUUGAGUCUCUCUACGCAGAGUACUGUGAGGCAUGCGGAGAGCACAUUGGUGUGGACCAUGCUCAGAUGACAUAUGAUGGCCUCCACUGGCACGCAACUGAGACAUGUUUUAGCUGUGCCCAGUGCAAGACUUCCUUGCUGGGCUGUCCUUUCCUCCCGAGACAGGGGCGGAUUUACUGCUCUAAGGCCUGCAGCAUGGGAGAGGAUGUCCACGCUUCGGACUCCUCAGACUCGGCCUUCCAGUCGGCCCGGUCUCGCGAAUCCCGCCGCAGCGUGCGCAUGGGAAAGAGCAGCCGCUCAGCGGACCAGUGCCGACAGUCGCUGCUCUUCUCCCCUGCUGGCAACUACAAGUUCCCAGGUUUCUCUGGAAACGCAGAGGACACGCUGUCUACCAAGCUGUCUCAGCUCAGCUUCCCUGAUGGCCACUUCUGGGGGAACAGGGAGGAGCAGGAGCAGGAGGCCCCUGAGGACCAUGAGGAGUGGGCUGAGCAUGAAGACUACAUGACCCAGCUCCUGCUCAAAUUCGGAGAGCACGGAGUAUUCCAGCAGCAGGAGGACGCCAGGCCAACAGAACUGUGGAUGAACGAGUCUGAGGUCAAAACGAAGGCUGAACCCAAGCCAGGUGGUGGCAGCAGCAGCCAGAGCCUGGCUAGUAAGAAGUACCAGGUGGACAUGUACUGGGCUCAGUCCCAGGAUGGCCUGGGAGACUCGGCUUAUGGCAGCCACCCUGGCCCUGCAAGCAGCAGGAAGAUCCAGGAGCUGGAUUUGGAAGAGCAUGGUGCAAGUGGCUUCAAGCGGAAUGAUAAGCAGUGGUACAACGACUCUCUGGAGUGCAUUACUGAUGAACUGAAGCAGAACACGGCGAGUGUGAGGGACUCAAUGGACUCUUUGGCAUUGUCUAAUAUCACAGGAGCUUCUGUUGAUGGUGACAGCAAAGAUCGCCCACUACUUUACUCAUUACAAAACUUUCCUGAACUUGAAGUAGAGGACUGUGAGAAAACCAGCAACAUGGGAACACUCAAUUCCUCCAUGCUCCACAGGAGCGCCAACUCCCUCAAGAGCAUGACCUCCGAGCUGGAGCAAGAGGAGGUAGUGGAGGAAGAGCAGGAAGAAGAGGUUGUGCCACUACCAGAGGCGAGGCCCAAGCUGCCUCACCUGCCUGUGCUGCGUAGGACGCGAUCGCAGUCCAAGCCCCAGCAGGUCAAAUUCUCAGAUGACGUGGUGGACAAUGGACGCUACAGCGAGCUGGAGGUGCGCCAGCCACCGAUGAGUGAACGGACUCGCCGACGCGUGUAUCACUUUGAGGAGCCAGACCAGCGGCAACACCAGCAUCAUCACCGACACAGGCGGCGCAGGAGUCGCAAGUCGCGAUCAGACAACGCCUUGCACAUGCCCCCUAAAGAGAGGGCCCGCGUCUACUUCAGAGAGGACCACCACAGGCACGGAAACCCACAGCAGUAUGGACAGCAGUCCCAAGCCCAUGCUGCCUCUGACUAUGGUCUGCAGAACCCAGCUGUGGAAAGGUUCCUGGGGCUCUAUGGGGCUGAGGAUGAUGACUGGUGCUCCACCUGCUCCUCUUCUUCAUCCGAAUCAGAGGAGGAAGGGUUCUUCCUGGGCCAGCCAAUUCCGCAGCCUAGGCAACCCAGGUACCAUUACUACGCUGAUGAUCUACCCAGCCAAGUGUCUCCCAACUUUGGCCCAAGAACAAAAUCCAAAAAGAAAAGGGGACAUAAGGGCAAAAAUUGCAUAAUUUCAUAGGUCAUCAACUAUAACUUCUAUUAUUUUAUUUCAGCUUUCUUCACUCUGUAUAAUACUACGCUUUUCAAAGACCUGCAUUGAUUUCCUUAUGUUAAAGUUGAUGGGGACUUGAGAUGGCCUGGAUGAGCUCUAUAACGGUGUUUACACUAAACUCCCUGUUUGACAAAAGUAGGAAACCUGAAAAUGUCAUAUUCCAAAUGUCUCCUUGUAUGAGUACAUAUAGUAAAGUAGGAGAGCCUGCUCCUAUCCUCACUUCCUUGUAUGAGUAUCAAUGUAUUAAUGCGAGUAUCAAUGAACACAUUUUAAGAACAUUUUUGCAUUUCAGUAUGCAACUUCAGUUGACAUUUACUAAUAAGUAAUAAGCAUCAUUGGCAGGUUUAAAAUAUAUUUAUGAAACAGCAUUUACAAACUGAAAUUCUUAUUUAACAGUGCAAAUAUUAAUGUAUAUACUGUAAAGUUAAGAUGUAAAACUGAUAUUUUUAUAUCCCUGAGUUUCAAAAGAUGUUUUUAUAUGUUCUGGCUACAAGUAAUAGUUUUGGACCUGCAGUAAUGGUUUUGAGUUCUGCUUUUGUUAAUCAGGGUUUUAAAAAUAAUAAAGUAACAUAUGGUCAUUA